GGCUGCAGGCCGAGGGAAUGACCCGGUCGGUGGUCGUGCAGGGUGAGCUGCCCAGGGCGGCUGCAGGUCGGGAGAAUGACCCGGUCGGUGGUCGUGCAGGGUGAGCUGCCCAGGGCGGCUGCAGGUCGGGGGAAUGACCCAGUCGGUGGUCCUACAGGAUAAGCUGCCCAGGUCGGCUCCUGGUUAGGCGAAAUGGCCCAGUCAGCAGUCCUACAGGGUGAGCUGAGCUUGUGUCUUACUGUCCGUUCUCUUCCUCCUGCUCUCCUGCGGUCAGUCGGUCAGUGCGGGAACCAGAUCGGCUGCUGCUUCUGGGACCUGGUGCUGAGGGAGCACGCCGCGGUCAACCAGAAAGGAAUUUACGAUGAGGCGCUCAGCAGCUUCUUUAGAAACGUGGACACCAGGGUGGCUGGUGAUGGUGGCGAUAUUUCCAAGGGGAAAAUAAGUUCUUUAAAAGCUCGAGCUGUCUUGAUUGACAUGGAAGAAGGAGUAGUGAAUGAAAUUUUGCAAGGACCAUUGAGUGAUGUGUUUGAUAACAAGCAGCUCAUCACUGAUAUUUCUGGCUCAGGAAAUAAUUGGGCUGUGGGUCACAAAGUUUUUGGCCGCCUUUACCAAGAGCAGAUCGUUGAGAAGCUCAGGAAGUCGGCCGAGCACUGCGACUGCCUACAGUGCUUCUUCAUCAUCCACUCCAUGGGAGGAGGAACUGGGUCUGGACUUGGCACAUUUCUUUUAAAGGUGCUUGAAGAUGAGUUCCCAGAAGUGUACAGAUUUGUGACCUCAAUUUAUCCUUCCAACGAGGAUGAUGUCAUAACUUCACCUUAUAAUAGCAUCUUGGCCUUGAAGGAGCUCAACGAGCAUGCUGACUGUGUGUUACCCAUUGACAAUCAGUCAUUAUUUGACAUCAUUAGCAAAAUUGACCUCGCGGUGAGUUCUGGAAAGUUGGGCGCAACUGUGAAGCCCAAGAGUGUGGUGACUUCCGGUGCUGAGGUUGUAAGGCAGCGGCACAAGAAGCCCUUUGACGCAAUGAACAACAUCGUGGCAAAUUUGCUACUUAACCUGACAAGCUCGGCACGAUUUGAAGGAUCUCUUAAUAUGGACCUUAAUGAAAUCAGCAUGAAUUUAGUUCCUUUUCCUCAACUUCAUUAUCUUGUAUCAAGCCUAACCCCUCUGUAUACCCUCGCAGAUGUUAACAUUCCCCCUCGAAGGCUGGACCAGAUGUUUUCAGACGCAUUUAGUAAAGAUCACCAGCUUCUACGGGCUGAUCCAAAACACGGUCUCUACCUCGCCUGCGCCCUCAUGGUCAGAGGAAAUGUGCAGAUUUCAGAUCUUCGCAGGAACAUCGAAAGAUUAAAGCCUUCUCUGCAGUUUGUGUCCUGGAAUCAGGAAGGUUGGAAGACCAGCCUGUGCUCAGUGCCUCCUGUGGGCCAUUCCCAUUCGUUGUUAGCUUUAGCCAAUAACACCUGUGUGAAGCCCACCUUCCUGGAACUGAAAGCACGGUUCCUGAGGCUGUAUAAGAAAAAGGCUCACCUUCAUCACUAUCUGCAAGUUGACGGGAUGGAGGAGGACUGCUUUACAGAAGCCAUGUCAUCUUUGUCCACGCUUAUAGAGGAAUACGACAAACUGGACGCCACAAAAGGCGUGCCUGUGCAGGACGUGCCUAGACUAAGUGUGGCUGUCUGAAAAAAAGAACCCCAAACACAACUUUUUUUGAAUUUCAUAGUGUUCUGUCACAUUUGUGUGGUUCUGAAAGCCCAGUUUGUUUCUCAGAGUUCUACGUGUUUUUGUCUGGCACAGUAAUGAUACCAGUGAGGGUAAUCAGUGAAGUUGUUACCAUAUCUUCAGACAUCAGUCUUCAAAAAGUGCCCCUGUCUGAAAGAAGAAUGUGUUAACACUUAUUUACAGCUUCUAAUUUGGGCAUUUAUACACUAGCUAUAACUUUGUACUUACUUAUAAUUUAUUGUAUGAUUUGUAUUUUUAUAUUUAAAUUCUCAUUCUUUAUAAUGCAGGGACACAGGGGUGGGAAGCAUACAGCAUGGGCACUUGAGGCCCAUGCAAUCAUUUGAUCUGGCUCUGCGAAGGCAAUCACUGGCGGGGCUCAAAAGUCCAUAAAUCCACAGCAAGCUAACUUAAGUUUUAUAUGACCCACAAAUGUUGUUACAAAUAUCCAAAGGGCCUUAGGCAGGAAAAGCUUCCCUAGCUUGGUGGAAGGACUCAGGGUUGGUAGUUCCAUGUAACAUCCACUAGCCUUACGAAUAAGCUUUCUUAAAACUGCUAAGGAGGCUUUAUUUAUUCUUUGGGUAACAGCGUGUUUGCACUCAAAAGAAACACAGUUUGUACACUUAACAUGUAUUAAAUUUUCAAGUAUAAUUUUUGGUCAA